CUGCGCCCGUUUGUGUUGAAGAGGUAUCGCGAUAUUUCUUCACGAGGACUCCCGAUCCCGAGAUCUCGUCCGGCCAUGGAAACAAAGAUGGUGGCUCCCUGAGCGUCCAUGUGGCUCCGCAGAUAGAAAAACUCCUUCGUAACCCGCCGUUAACUUCUUUGAGUCGCCGUUAAAGCGAACAGCGGACCGUGCAGUGAAGCUGCGAGCAGCUCUGAAAGGAGACAAACAUGCAACACGACGACGUCAUCUGGGACAUCAUCGGAAACAAACAGUUCUGCUCUUUCAAAGUCAAGACAAAGAGUCAGAACUUCUGUCGUAAUGAAUACAACAUCACGGGGUUGUGCAACCGCUCGUCCUGUCCGCUGGCCAACAGUCAGUACGCCACCAUCAGAGAGGAGAAAGGUCAGUGUUUCCUCUACAUGAAGGUGAUCGAGAGAGCAGCCUUUCCCGCCAAAAUGUGGGAGAAGGUGAAGCUCAGUAAGAACUAUGAGAAAGCUCUGGAACAGAUCGAUGAGAACCUGAUUUACUGGCCUCGGUUCAUCAGACACAAAUGUAAACAGAGAUUCACCAAAAUCACCCAGUACCUGAUCCGCAUGCGGAAACUGGUCCUGAAGAGACAGAGGAAGUUGGUUCCUCUGAGCAGGAAGGUGGAGCAGAGGGAGAAGAGGAAGGAGGAGAAAGCUCUGAUCGCUGCUCAGCUGGAUAAUGCCAUCGAGAAGGAGCUGCUGGAGAGACUCAAACAGGGAACGUACGGAGACAUCUACAACUUCCCGGUCCACGCCUUCGACAAAGCGCUGGAGCAGCAGGACGAAGAGAGCGAGUCCGAGGAGGAGGAGGAUGAGGAGGAGGACGACGAGGAUGUUGGGAAGAGAGAGUUUGUAGCAGAAGAAGAGGUGGAGGAGAGCGACCUGAGCGACUUCGAGGACAUGAACAAGCUGAAGACGAGCAGUGACGAGGAGGAGGAGGAGGAGUCAAGUGAAGAAGAGGAGGAGGAGGAGGAAGAGGUGGAGAUGGAGGUGGAGACGAAAGCCUCCAGGUCCAAAGGCAAAUCUCCGGCUAACGGUGCGGCAGCGAGGAAGAAGCGAGCGUACGUAGAGAUCGAGUACGAGCAGGAGACAGAGCCCGCCUCCAAGAGCAGAGCCACGUAGUGAUGUCAGCUGUCAAUCAAACUGUGGGCUGAGACUCUGCUGAGGACACGAUCCGGACAUCAGCUCACUCAGGUUCAUCACGGCAGGUGUUCUGUUCUGUCGCUCACUCGGUGUGUGGGUGUUCGCUCGGGUCUCAGGUCCUCUGGACCGGGGUCCAGGUAGGACCCGGGGUCUGAGAGCAAGUUUUAAAGUUUAUUUUUUAUAACUUUAUUUACAAAUUAAUAAAGUUAUAAAAAAUGUCGGCUCAAAGGCUCAGAUCCGAUCUGAGAUCAGCUGUUGUUGGUAGAACUGAUCCUUCAGUUUGGUCCAGAGGACGUUGUUUCGUAUGGGAUCAGAUAUGGACUCACAGCACUGAUCUGACCUGGGAUCAGCUCUGAUCAAACACCCAAAGUGACUUUAACUCUCAGUGACUCAAACACAUCGUUCUUAUUUCUGUUGUUGUUAAAUAUUAAACACGUGAACCUUUGAAAAACGCCACAAGCUCAAAAAACGUGAUGAACAUGUGAAGAAAUCAACUUGCUUUAUAUGUUAAAAAUAUUUCUUAACUUUAAAUAUUUUUAUGUGAAAAAUAAAGAAGGUGACAGACGGAAAUGCAGUUUGUUGUUGGGACUUCCAACUUUCAGACCAGAAGUUUAAUGUUAAGAGACAAAAAUUCAAAUUUGGACCUUUAACUGCAGCAAUAAGUUUCUGGAAUAAACUGGUGACAGGAAGUCAAAGCAUGUUGACCUGAACUGUUCAUGUAACACAGAACACAGAUCCGGUCUCAUCAGGUCCCGUUACCCAUGUGAUCAUCUGCUGCUGCGGCGUCCGUACGAAUAACUAAACCUCAGACCUCCGAUGCUGCUGAAGCUUUCAUCAGAAACACGGAUCACGUUUCAAACUCUCAAACUUACUCCAGGAACAUUUAUUACAAGCGUCUUGAAAUGAUCAUUGAAAUUAGUUGUAGAAUAAUACUACCUGAGUGUUUCUGAUCCCUU